CCAAGUCCAAGUCCAAGCUCUCAUUCAAUGGGUUUCUCGAUCGAUAACUCGGUAACACAAUCCCACACCCGAACUCACAAAAUCUUCCUUAUCAGCAACUAUUUCCUCUUGGGAACAGCUUCCAGCUGCAUCUUCCUCACACUCUCCCUCCGCUUAUUUCCUUCCUUAUUCGGCUUCUUCCUCAUCCUCCUCCACGCCAUCACCAUCGUCGGCGCCAUCUCCGGAUGCUUCGUCGCCGUCUCCUGUUCCAACAGGUGUUGCGCAGCUCCCAUGGUGCUGACGUCGAUAUUCCAACUUCCAAGGCUCCGUUUCGGUUCUCAUCUUGACCCGAACUUCCGAUUUCUUGGGGUACUUGAAAUCCUACGUGAAGGAGGACGAUGGGGUUUUGAUAUUGAAAUUGGCCGGCGGGCUUUGCGUGGAAUGGCUCGUUUUGGGACUUGGUUUUGUGUUGAGGUGCUAUGCUCUCUGCUUUUGAUUUCAUAA